CACUGAUCACUGAUACGAUAAGUUAUAGUGUGGUUUCGGGGGCGACGACAGUCUUCUCGAAACUAGUAUCUGUUUCGUCCUCGAGUACUCUCAUCAUCCGUGCUGCUGGCAUUAUAUGCCGCAAUUCGGCCACCGAGACAUUCCGCGCGCGCAUAUCAAGAAACGGGGAUCCACUUUUUGAUGGAGAUUUUUCCUCAAUAUCCGGGGCAGUAGCAAAUGGAACCUGUGAGCCUUUGACGAUGCAUUCUAUGGUGGAUGCUGCUGCUGGUUCGCACAUAAUUGCUAUUGAUGCAAAGACGUCGACAGUUGCAGGAUUUCAGCUAAAGGGGAUUCAACUGCAAAUUGUUACCAUUGAGAGAGGCGCCCUGCUCUCACAGGAUUUAUGCCAGUCUCGCUGCACUCGACACGGUCUUUGUCGGCUAGGUGUGUACAACACAGUGACGAACACCUGCAACUUGUAUAUGCUUCGCAACACUUCUUCUAUGCCAACAGAUUCAACACGAGUAACUUUCGUGCGGAAUCAAGUUCCAGCCAUUUCGGAAAACGCGUGGACAAUUGUUCGCAACGCCAAGUGGACUCUCAGCCAGAAUGUGUCUCUGCUGGCGCAAUGCAAAGGGGACACAUGUGGAAUCAGUGUUUGCGCUGAAGCGUACACGCUGAAAGAUCGCUGUCGGUGUGUUUGCCAAUCUAGCAACAACUGUGUCGGCUUUGUGAACACAGAUGGAACGUGCUAUGGAAUUACAGCGGCAGAUCUUCGCCAAAACAUACAGUCAGGGAAGUACAACACUUCCGGUGGAAGCACUAUUCAUCUGAAUAUGCCUCAGACUUGCCACGCCAUCAAGACCGACGCACAAAAUGCAACAAGUGGGCGAUAUGCGAUUGCUACGAGUACAGGUAUCUUUGAUGCCUUUUGCAACAUGACAGCUGAUAGUGGCGAGGGCUACACAAUUGUUCCGUGUGACAUGGGUUCUAGUGACAUCGACUGUCGAAGCACUACGAGUCCGAAAGAUAGUGAUACUUGUAAGGUGAUGGGUCUUCGGCAAGUUGUGCCGCGUUCGUCAGGCCAUCUUGUAUCGAUGCACCGCAAAUUCGGUUCGUUAUUUUUCGCUACUGUUCCUGGAGUGACGAACGCCUACGUCGGCGAUACAGUGGAUUUGCCAAGUGAUGAAGAUACUGUGCUGGAUUGGACUGCAAUUGAUGGUGGGAAGUGGUGGCUGCGUGAUAACGGAAGUGGUUGUGAUGUUGUGUCCCCCGCUAAUGCUCCAGACGAACGAAGCGACGACGAAGUACCUGUGCUCAACCAAUGA